AUGUUCUUCUUCCUCCGCGGAAGCACUCAACAGCCGAAUAUGGGACUGCAACCAGGUCCCCAACUCGCGGCGUACCUCCGCUCAACCCUAGGCGCGGACAAGAUUGCCAUCCAGGGCAUAGAGUACGCCGCAACGCUGCAAGACAACCUUUGCAUCAACAAUCAGCUGUGCCGGCCGCGCGAGGUCACCAGCGCGAGCACCCAGAUCCGCGAGUACAUGGACCAGUGCUCCGACUCUGAUGUCGUCGUCGGAGGGUACAGCCAAGGCGCUGCGAUGCUCUCCCGCGUAAUCUCGGACAGGCUUGGAUCGGAAUACAAGGACCGAAUCGUCGCCGCCGUGACGUUUGGCAACACCAUGCAGGUGUAUAACAAGAACACGAUACCCGGUCUGGCACCGGAAAGGGUGCAGAUGUUUUGCAACAAGUUUGACCCGGUCUGCCGCAACGGUCUGCCCCUCGGCGCUGUGAUGCCAGGCCACAGAGACUACCGCCCCUCCGCCAAACCCGCCGCCGAGUUCCUCGUCCAAAAACUCGCCGCCGCCAAGGGCUGGACCACCGUCCCCAUCGUCUCCGACAUUGACCUCUCCCAAUUCGCCGACGUGGGCUUCACUUUCCGAGAUAUCUACCGCGGCGCACCCGCCGGCAGCUCAACCUCCUUUAACGACGGCACCGAGCUCGCCAAGCUCGACAGCGUGCGCGUCGUCUCCAUCUUUGGCCGCGGCGCCGCGCGGGUCGACGCGCUCGGCGUCAAGAUGGACGGGCUCGACAAGGCGCAGGAGCACGGCGGCGGUGGAGGCAACUAUAAGGAGCUGACGCUGGAGGAGGGGGAGUACUGGGUCAUGACGGAGGUGUGCAACGGCCGGAAGAAGAAGAAGGACCGCGUCGGGUUCUUUAGGGCUUCGACUAGUUUGGGCCGGGUUCUGGAGGUUGGGACGAGGACGAAUGAUCGGUGUCUUACGUUUGUGCCGGGCGAGGGCCGCUCGUUUGUGGGUAUGCACGGAGAGUCUGGGGAGGAGGUGGACUCUGUUGGGUUUAUUGAGUAUCCCAAAUUAGACUAG